ACGUCAAACGCAAUUGAUGUCAUUGAACCCCCUGCGUUUUGCCUGCCAGGCAACAGUUUGUAAUUUGUCGCAUGGUUACAAUGUAUUUUCUAAUAUAAUUAGCUCAUUUGAAGAGGUGUUGCUGUGAAGACAAGCACCAGUCUGGCAUAAUUUAAGGUUUUGGUAUAUACAUUCUACCUAAUGAUGCAAAUUCUGUGAACAUCCCGACAGGAAGGAAAUGCUGCCUGAGAGACUAUGCUCAGGGUGAUAUGUUAACCCAUAGUAACGCAGGGAGUUACCAAGGAGACGCAGGCGGAGGUGUUAGCAACUGCUAGCAGCUAGUCUUUUCAAAUACUGAAGACUAGAAGAGUACACCUUGUUUGUCCGCCGCAUGUUUUUGUGUAAGGACGCGUUUAUGACAUGGCCGAGCUGCACAUUAUUGGCCAGAUCGUAGGGGCAACUGGUUUCCCACAGAACAGCCUUUUCUGCAAAUGGGGAGUUCACACAGGAGGAGCAUGGCGUCUCCUCUCCGGGCUGAAGGAGGGUCAGACCCAAGUGGAUAUUCCCCAAACAGGAGACAUGGCGUACUGGAGUCACCCCAUUGAUCUGCACUUCGCGACCAAAGGACUCCAGGGCUGGCCAAAGCUUCACCUGCAAGUGUGGCACCAGGACUCUUUCGGUCGCUGCCAAAUGUACGGUUACGGCUACUGCCACAUCCCGUCUAGCCCCGGACAUCACCGGAUGAACUGUGUGACCUGGAGGCCGCUCGGGUCUUGGCAAGAGCAGUUGUCGCAAAUGUUUGUCGGCGGAGGUCCUCAGUUACGGAGCCCGGAUCUCGUGUACAGCGGGGCGGACAGAUACAGACUGCACACCGAAGCCAUGGGAACUGUGAAGCUGGAGCUGGGCAUUAUAAUGAGACACUUUGACAAAUAUGGCGUCGAGAGUUAACAUGAGAACAAUUGAGGAAAAAGUUAUUUGUCGUGCUAAAUGAUUGUCUGACCCGUUUUAAGUUUUGUACUUCUAAAACUAUUCCAUUUUAUAUAUAAUAUUUGUGUAAAUAAAGAACACUUUGUCGUAACGAA